AUGGUAUUAUCUCUCAACAGCACAGGGACCCAGGUGACUGAAUUCCUGAUAAUCUGCUUUCCAGGCAUGCAGGACACACAGCACUGGCUCUCUAUAGUCCUGGCUCCCCUCCUAGUUUUAGCUCUUGGGGCCAACUUUGUGCUAUUGUUUGCCAUCUGGAAGGUGGCAUCUCUACAUAAGCCCAUGUACUACCUGCUUGCCAUCCUCUCUUUGUUGGAUGUCAUCCUCUGCCUCACAGUCAUCCCCAAGGUCCUGCUUAUCUUCUGGUUCAACAUGAAGUCCAUCAGCUUUUCUGGCUGCUUCCUGCAGAUGUUCAUCAUGAAUACCUUCCUUCCUAUGGAGUCCUCCACCUUUCUGGUCAUGGCUUAUGACCGCUAUGUGGCCAUCUGCCACCCACUGCACUACACAUCUGUCAUCACUGAACAGUUUGUCAUUAAUGCGGCCAUUUUUAUUGUCUUGCGAAAUUUUCUGGCCACACUGCCCAUACCAGUUCUGGCUGCCAGGCUUAACUACUGUGCCAGCAACGUGAUAGAGAACUGUAUCUGUGCCAACAUUUCGGUGGCAAAGCUCUCCUGUGGGAAUAUUUUCCUAAAUAAGCUCUACCAGUUUGUGAGUAUUUGGUGCCUACUGGGUUCUGAUCUGGUACUCAUCUUGUUAUCCUACUGCUUCAUCCUGCGGGCUGUUAUACGUCAGCCGUCAGGAGGGGCAGCCACCAAGGCCUUGAGUACUUGUGGUUCCCACCUCAUCCUUAUACUAUUCUUCUAUACAUUGCUGUUAGUCUUCAUUUUUACAAACAAGAAAGGAAAGAAGGUACCCUCAGAAGUGCCCAUUCUUCUCAAUGUCUUGCAUCAUCUUAUUCCACAAGCCCUGAACCCCAUUGUUUAUGGAGUACGAACCAAGGAAAUCAAGCAAGGAAUUCUCAAGAUACUCAGGUAUCACUAUUGA